AUGUCUCAAGUCUACUUUGAUAUCUCUAUCGCCAACACCCCCGCCGGGCGCAUCACCUUCAGGCUCUACGACGACAUCGUCCCCAGAACCACCGAAAACUUUAAACAGCUCUGCACUGGCGUCAACGGUUUCGGCUACGCCGGCUCUGGAUUCCACCGAGUCAUCCCCCAGUUUAUGCUCCAGGGCGGUGACUUUACCCGUGGUAACGGUACUGGGGGCAAGUCGAUCUAUGGCCAAAAGUUUGGGGAUGAGAACUUUAUCAAGAGGCAUGACAAGCCUUUCCUCUUGUCCAUGGCCAAUGCCGGCCCCAAUACCAACGGCUCUCAAUUCUUCAUCACCACAGUCAAGACUCCUUGGCUCGAUGGCAAGCACGUCGUCUUUGGCGAAGUCACCUCUGGCCAGGACCUCGUCCAGCAGAUUGAGAAACUCGGUAGCAACUCUGGCAGUACGCCCAUCUUUCUCUCUUCUGGCAAUAGUCGAUCAAGGGUAUUAGGCUCUGGCUUCCACCGAGUCAUCCCCCAGUUUAUGCUCCAGGGCGGUGACUUUACCCGUGGUAACGGUACUGGGGGCAAGUCGAUCUAUGGCGAAAAGUUUGCGGAUGAGAGCUUUCUCAUGAAGCAUGACAAGCCUUUCCUCUUGUCCAUGGCUAAUGCCGGCCCCGAUACCAACGGCUCUCAAUUCUUCAUCACCACCACUGUCACCUCUUGGUUGGACGGCCAGCACGUCGUCUUCGGUGAGGUCACCCAUGGCCAGGACCUCGUCAAGCAGAUCGAGAGUCUCGGUGGCCCCUCUGGCCGCGUCGCCAAGCCUGUUGUCAUCUCUGCCUCUGGUACUCUCUAG